AUGAUCCAAAAAACAGUUGUGCCUCACGUCGCGUACAAUGAGGUUUCAAUCAAAAACUUUGAUACCCUCUACUCAACAAUCCUAGAAAAUGUUUCAAAGUCAAACUACAUUGCAGUCGAUACAGAAUUCACUGGUCAUUGCAAAAGAAUCGUGAAAAACAUGGAACAACGCUACGAUGCCCUGGCUGUUGUGGUCAAAAGUCAUGCGAUCGUAUCAUUUGGCAUGACAACUCUUCAGGAACUUCCCUCGGAAUCAAACAUGGCUGUGUACGGUGCCCAAAACUUUGAGUUCCUGACAAGCAAUCAAGAUACCUUUCAAGUAGAUCCCGGAAACCUCAAGUUUCUUGCAGAAAAUGGUCUUGACUUCAAUCGUCAUUUCCAGUUUGGCCUACCUUACCAUGCCGGAACACAUGCUGUUACAUCCCAACGCGACAUUCGAUCCCUUUGGCGAGAUCUCUUGUUUACAAUACGCAAGAACAAUAUUCCGAUUAUCGUACACAACGGCCUUUUGGAUCUCAUGUAUAUCUAUCAGAGUUUCUUUGCUGAAUUGCCCGCCUCUCUUUCCAUAUUUGUUGCAGAUUUGGUCGAAAUGUUCCCCUCUGGUAUCUAUGAUACCAAGUACCUGGCCAACCAAGUCCUUUCUGAACAGAAAUCAUACCUUGCUUAUCUGUAUUGCAAGUAUGAUCGAUCAAGACAGCAACUCACACCUGGAUCGAGUGUAGCUACAGGAAACUUUGCUGUUAGAGUUGGGGAUCCUUUAGUUGGUUCAACAGUAACAACCCCAUUGAAGCGUACAGCGGAUGAAUCCGUUCCACUUUCUCAGGGCAGCAAACGUCGUAUGCGUGCUAAAAAGCUUAACGGCUUAAAUAAGACACCUAGUAUUAUAUGCCACAACUAUUCGAAUUAUGGAUGGUGUAAAUCUGGUAAGGAAUGCCUGUCCUCGCAUGACCUAGACCUUAUUCUCGACAAGGACCAAGGAAUCAAACGAGAGAAAGAGCAGACUGAAGUAGAGGUGAAAGAAGAAGAAGUGGGGGAAGAAGAAAUAAGAGAAACUGAGGAGCAAGAUAAAGCUCCUUCGAUUGAACCAAAUCAGAGACGAGAUCACGCAGCACAUUAUGAUGCGUUCAUGACAGCCUUUGUCUUUUGCCACCAGGCAAGCGAAUUAGGACCUGUGGCACUAAAGGAAAACAUUAACAAGAUUAAUCUGAUGCGACUGAGGAUUCCAUUGCGGGUGGUCAAGAGUCACUACUCUAAACCAAGUUCAGCGUGGUCUAGUGUAAGAGACAAGAUCUGGAAACCAGAUAACGAUGAUUAG